AAGAUAUCUAUCAAUUACCCUCAAAAUGUCAGCCCCUCUUGAACUCUUCUCCCUCUCAUGGGGAAUGUACCCCCGCCGCGUCCUCAUCUAUCUCGCCGAGAAAGGACUCCUCAAAUCACCUCUCAUCAAAGUUACAGAAGUAACUGUAUCUCCCAAUAGCAACAGCCUAACUGCGCCUGGAAAGCCUAAAGGAACGGCGCCAAUCUUGCGUCUCCCAGAUGGAAAGUUCAUCAAGCAGUCAAUCGCCAUUCUCGAGUACUUUGAAGACAUCUGCGAUCGUCCGCAGCAGCCAUGGCAAAUUGAACUCGCUAAAAACGCCAGUGGCAGUAUGCUUGGACAGACAGCGGAACAAAAAGCACGGGUCAGAGAGAUCCUGUGUCUUGCUGAUGAAGUCACCGGUCAGUUUGGCUUUGCGUGCCACAAGGGUACGGCACUGUUCAACAUGCUUGAGGAGACGCAUCCACUCACAGCGAAGCUUGCACUUGAAUAUUGCCAGAAGAAUCUCAAACUUCUGGACAAAUACUACGAGGAGGAUACUCGCUUUAAUGGUGGAGAUGGACAGGUCACCAUUGCCGAUUGUGUCUUGUACUCAACUCUCCACUUUGCCAAAGACCUCUACUCAUUAGACCUUUUGGCAGAUCCUGAGUUGGCCAGCCUUCGAGCAUUUUACACUUGGUUUGGAGGAAGAGACAGUGUCCAGGUUCGGGAAGACCAUUUCCCUGCGCAGAUCAAGGAAUUGGCCUGCCAAUGGCUUCCUCUGGAGUAA